AUGGAGGAGACUUGUGACUAUCAAGGUGGACACCAAGAAAUGGUCCAUGGGUGGCAGGAGGCGAGCGCUUUCACGUCGAUUAUGAAGUCAAACAACACCCUCGAAACCUUUGAAAUUAACCCAAUGCAAUGUGCCGGUCUG